AUGUACAAAAAAAUAAAUACAUUCAACAUUGAGAGUUUUCCAUUUAAUGGUUUUAUUCUUAAUUACCAAGAAUUUUUAUUGAGUGUUUUAAUUACAAUAAUUCUGAUUUACUUUGGAAUUACCUCGAUAUUUUAUGAUGCUGAAAUCUUACCUAGUCGUGUAGAUGGGGCAAUUGAAAGCCUUGGUAAUCAAGGAUCACCCAACCAUAUUGAUUCUUUGAGUAAUUUGUCAGCACAAAAGCACAUUUGCAAAUUUAUUAAUGACUUUAACGAAAUUAUUUACGAUGGCUAUGAAUUGAAUUCCGCUCAAAUUUUUUAUGAAAGGUUUUUACAGCUACUUUCUGAAUCAUUUUUCUUGAAUUCAAUAAAUAUCAGCUAUCAGUUUUUAUUCUUAAUUUACAAAAAGAUACUAGUUUCGAAAAUAAAUGGUUUAAGCAUAUCUCAUUUACAAGAGCUUUCUAAGGUUAUGUUAUAUAAGUUGAAAAUUCCUAAGUAUACAUUAAUUAAAUGCUAUUCUGAAAUAAUUAAACUUGACGAUUCAAUUUUAUCAAAAGAGCAAAAGAAUUUCUUUAUAGGCGAACAAAAUAGACUGCAAGUAAUAAUGAAUAGAGAGAGAACAAUAUUACUAAAAAAUAUUAAGUUGUAUAUAGUGAGAGUUGUAGAGAAGAUGAAACUUGCGUUAAAAAUGCUUGUAUUUUUAUUUUAA